CAGCUCUAGGCCACCCCAGCCGCCCCGCGUGGCCCUGCCACCACCAUGGAGAACGAGCAGCUCCCGGCACCUCCACCCUCCAGCAGCGCCGGCGGCACCGGCACGACGCCCAGCAGCACUGGCACCACGCGCCCACCCGCACCACAGAUCUCCGUCUACAGCGGCAUUCCUGACCGCCAGACCGUCCAGGUGAUCCAGCAGGCCCUGCACCGGCAGCCCAACACGGCAGCGCAGUACCUGCAGCAGAUGUAUGCUGCGCAGCAGCAGCACCUGAUGCUGCAGACGGCCGCUCUGCAGCAGCAGCACCUCACCAGUGCCCAGCUCCAGAGCCUGGCGGCCGUGCAGCAGGCCAGCCUGGCAGCCAACAGGCAGAGCGGCUCCUCUGGCAGCAAUGGCACACAGCAGGCGCCUGUACAGCAGCCCACGAUCAACCUGGCCACGUCGCCAGCAGCAGCCCAGCUCCUGAACCGGGCACAGAGCGUCAACCCCGGGGCGUCGGGCAUCGCGCAGCAAGCUGUCCUGCUGGGCAACGCCGCCUCGCCUGCCCUCACAGCCAGCCAGGCACAGAUGUACCUGCGGGCACAGAUGCUCAUCUUCACGCCCACGGGCCCCGUCAGCGCCGUCCGGCCCGAGAGCCCUCACUUCGUGCCACGGUUGACCAGUAAGGCAAAUAUUGCCAACAAUACACCAAGAGAUCCCCUCCCCUCCCAUCUCAGCCCACCCGAGCGCACAGCCAGCACGAGAACGGAUGAAAUCCAGGCGAGGAAGCGCACGCAGCCCUCUGCUCAGAAAGGUGAGAAGCUGUUCCAGGAGCCUGCACAAGGGGAGACGGUGCUCUGCCACCUGCUCCAGUACUACUGA